UCAUCUUCCUCUUCACCUUCGUAAUCCCGUUAUUUGGGAUGGCUCUUACUUAUUCGUCCAUUGCUUGGAAGAUGUGGCGACGAUCUUCUCCGGGCAACGCUGACCCGGAUCGUGAUCUGGUGCAGCUGAGAGCCAAGAGAAAGGUGAUCAAGAUGUUGGUGACGAUAGUAGUUUUGUUCUCGUUCUGUUGGCUGCCUCUCCAGAUAUUCAAUGCCGUCUACAACUUCUUCCCCGCCUUCGCUAACACUACUACCGACACCUCGCGCACCCUCUAUGCCCUCUCCUAUUUCGGCUGUCUAUGGCUCGCCAACGCCAACAGUUUUGUCAACCCUCUCAUUUACUGCUUCAUGAGUGAAAACUUUCGGGCAGAUUUGCGUGACUUGUUUUGGCGGGUCUGGAGGCGAGAGAAUAACCGGCAACAUCAUGGCGGUUCUCUCCGCAGCUCUACGCGCACUACCAUAAGCUUAGCUCACCAUUCAGAUUAUCCCAGAUCGUUUCGAAGAUCAAAAUACGAAAGAUCAUUCAAAAGCACAUCAUUCGAAAAACAUCCUGACAACAGAAAAUACAACGCUGUUCACUCCUACCUUUAGAGAAAUGUCUACUUCAAUCCAGGAAGAUAUGAAGUCAGAAAGACAUUUCACUAUAAAUCAGCUAAUGAAAGAAAGAUGAGGCGUCAUCAAAUUCAGAAAAAGGCGUUGACUGCAGAAAAGGAAGACACCUUUCCGAGUUCUUGUGUAAUUACUUCCAUUUCAUUUUAGGUUAGGUUUAGGUGGCCUAAUCAUUUUAUCGACACAAUGCAUAAAACAUUGAACUCAAGGAGGGUUUAAAAAGAAUUUAUAAGGAAUGUAAAUCCAUGCGGUAAACAUCAAAAUUAAAAUAAUGUUAAAACUUAGAAAAUACAACAUUGUAAUUUAUAUAAAUUAUAGUAUAUUUUGUUGUUUUACAAUAUUGCAACAAGUUUUAUAAAUUUACGUUCAAGUUAUUAUUGUUUUAAACGUUAUAAUUGUCAAGUUAUAAUACAAGCAUUCAAUAAAUAUUUAAUUCUUUUUACAUGUUGUAAGCUAUUGUAAAAUAGUAAUAUCUAAGAUGUGCCUCUAUCAUUUUUAAACUAAUCGAACAUAUUAAAAGCAUUUAGUACAAAGAUUACUUAUGAAGCAAGACCAAAUAUAACGUGAGCAUUUACCGAAAAUGUAAGAUAGAAUAAUUAUAGUUUUGUUUUCACAAUUUUGAACAAUAAAUCAAACUAAAUAAUUAAAAGUGGACUAACUGUUUAUUGCACAAACUGGAAAGUUAUUAUAUGUUAUAUAUUGUACUCAUACGUAUAAAGAUACUAAUUACUCAAACACUUACAAUC